AUGCUUGUUGGGGGGUGUUGCUCACUGCUCUGCUCGCUAUUUUUGGUUACGCUUUCGAAACGAACUCUCGCUACACGAUGGCUCUUCAAGGACGCUGGUCUUUGGGACUUGAGACUAGAAUACUUCCAGCAAGCUGUUGGUCAGGUCAAGAAGGUCGAGAUCUCCUACGGCCCCGGGGGUGUCAGCCGUGGUCUCGCCCACGUCACUUUCCACCACGCCGAUGGAGCCAGCAAAGCUUUCUCCACUCUCAAUGGUCUUCUCAUUGACAAUCGCCCGGUCAAGGUCGAGGUGAUCGUUGCUUCUGCCGAUCUCAUUCCCCAGCCCAAGACUCUGGCUCAGCGUAUUGCGCAGCCCAAGGCUCAACCCAAGUCUGCCGCCACUGUCAAGCAUGGUGCCAAUGGCGCCAAGGGUGCUCCCGCUGCUGGCAAGGCUGGCGCCAAGAAGGCUCCUCGCAAGGGCCGCAACAACCGCCCAGCCAAGAAGACUGCCGAGGAGCUUGACUCUGAGAUGGCUGACUACUUUGACAGCGGUGCCACUGAGCCUGCCGCCGCCAACGCUGCCGCCGCCCCAGCUGCCGGUGGUGAUGCUGCGAUGGAGGAGGACGUUCUUUAAACAGUACAUUCUUUGGGAUUAGGAGUCAUGGGGUUGUUAAUGGGUCUUGCUAGCGGAAACUUGAUACGAUAUUUAUUUGGGCGGUUCGGCAUGGGUGGAUGGGUAGGGCUCAGAUUUCCUUGCGGUGCAUACAUGCAGGCACAGAUUGAUACUGCCGCCUUUUUAAGUGUUUGGCUUAAUUGUAUAAUCAUGAUUAGCGAAUUUACUCCGAUGCAAGGGGUUGUGAAAUGCUUGCUUUGACCGUUGUUUCCGGCAGUACUAGAAUUGGUUGGCUCUCAUCUUGUUCAAUGUACGCUCGUAAGGUACAUGAAUCUCCGAGUGACAGAACCUGGGG